ACAGACAGACCGGAGCGAUCAGGGCGUUUAAACAUGUUUUUUCUAGUUUUCUUUUAAGCCCGGUGUGUGUUUGUGUUUGUGUGUGUGUGUGUGUGUGUGUGUGAAAGGCGGUAUCGGGGCGGCAGUGGAAUUAGGCGUUGACAGCAGAGGUUAUUAGAACAGCACAGUGGACUGUAUCAACACAUGUGUCACAGUUAGAGCACUGCGGCUGUGGAUCUGGACUCGUGCAGUUCCAACACCACAGUGGUCCACAGGCAAGGUAACAGGACAAUGACGGCGUGUUGCUUCAGGGAGAGGUGAGGUCAUCAUAGUUGGCACACUAGUUACCAGAAGAGAUGAAAGGUUUCCAGAAACAAGGUGCAUUGUUGGCAGCCUGGCAGCAGUUAGGAACAUGGAGGCUGUAGCUCCUCUCAGUUCCCAGCAGAAGGGCUAGGAGCAACCUGAUUCCUUCCUCCAUCCCUCCCCACCAUGGCAAGCAGGAGUCCCACCCUGAGCCGGGAAGCCAGGGAUUCGGCAGCUGAGGCCGACGCUAACCCCGAGCCAGGGCCUGAGGUCUUUUGCAAGCUGUGCCUCAGCGAGCAGCCCUCCGCAGCCACCAGGGAGCUGCUGAGCUGCAACUGUGUGUUCUGUACAGCGUGUCUGCAGCAGUAUGUUCAGCUGGCCAUCAUGGAGGGUGGGGGGGCACCCAUCACCUGCCCAGAUAUGGCCUGCCAGAAGACUGGCAUGCUCCAGGACUCCGAGAUCACUGGCUUGGCUCGAGAAGAUCAGGCGGAGCUGUAUCAACGUCUAAAGUUUGAGAGAGGAGUGAAGUUGGACCCCAGCAAAGCCUGGUGCCCGGUGCUUGAAUGUCAGGCGGUGUGCAACCUGCAGCCGAGCACUGAGGGCCAGCCCACCGCUGCAUCAUGCCCGACCUGCCACACCGUCUUCUGCUCCGGGUGCAGAGGGUCUUGGCAGGAUGGCCAUACCUGCCCAGAGCGCCAACCCAUGAUGUCACCCUCACUCUCGCAUGAAAGCAGAGUCCACUCUGACAGUGACUCUGAUGUGCCCAUCAAGCAGUGUCCUAUGUGUGGUAUCUACAUUGAGAGAAACCAGGGCUGUGCUCAGAUGCUGUGUAAGAGCUGCAAACACACCUUCUGUUGGUACUGCCUGCAGAAUCUGGAUGGUGAUAUUUUCCUGAGGCAUUAUGAUAAAGGGCCGUGCAGAAACAAGCUGGGACACUCCAGGGCUUCGGUUAUGUGGAACAGAACGCAGGUGGUGGGCAUCCUGGUGGGAGUCAGCAUCAUCGUGCUGGUGACCUCUCCACUCCUCCUGCUGGCCUCGCCCUGCAUCCUGUGCUGCGUGUGCAAACCCUGCAGCGGGAAAAAGAAGAAGAAGAAAAGGAAGAAGGACCUCAACCAGCCAGACUCCUCCACGUCGUAGCAGAUCCCCCUCUCAUCAUCCUAGCCCAGGAUCACUCCACUAACCCCAUGAGGCCCAUGGAGACCAAGAGAGUGCAAGAGCUGCAUGGUGGAAGAGAAUAAAGUGGUGGAACAAUGGAGUACGUUUUCAUGACUCCGACAGAUUGGAGGCCUGGUCGUGGUUAGGGAACGACAUCGGGGUCAACAAGUGCAGACUACUAUCUUGAAGCUCUGUGGAAGAGCUGCUCAAAAAUCACUCUUGAAUUGCAAGAGUGUGUACUAUAUUUGGUGGAAGUGUAAAUACGAGGAGAAUGAAUGUAAGUAACUCACCUAGCUGUUUUCUGAUGCACAACAGGUCAUACAGAGAAGGUGGCGGGUGUGUGAGUUUUCUUGGACAGGGCUUUUGUUAUUGUCCCUCUCUCUCUCUCUCUGUCUCUCUCUGUCUCUCUCUCUCUCUCUCUCUCUCUCUCUCUCUCUCUCUCAUACACACACACACACACACACACACACAGACACAUACAUACACACAAUUCAAAGUGCAACGCCACCCUCAUGUGCCAAACGUCAUGAUGCCAAACCAGAGGUGUUAGGUGCUCAAGUGCCUCACUCUACAGUGCCUGGUGCUUGGUUGUAUUUGUUUUGCCUUCCAUUCUAUCUUUAUCUUAUGCAAAAAACUUUAGCAUUAUGAAAACCAUCAGGGUUUCACAGGGUUAUAAAUCCCUUAACAAUUCAAAACAUUCUUUCAUAACGGGAGAAGGCGAACGGCGUCAUGUGUGCACUGUAUAUUCUGUACUGAUAUAAAAUAUAAUAGGGCUUCAGUGGUGCACAGAGAACUUUUCUUCUGCAAAUGUUUGUUGUUUCCACCUGGCUAUAUUCCAGACCAAAGGCUCUAAAGGAUAAUGUGUACUUUUUUAAAGUGUGUUCAUAUUUAUGGGUUGUGUGUGUAUGGUAUCCUGUUAUCAUUUCUACAUUUCUGUUGAUGUUUCUGCAUCAGAUAUUUUAUAAAAUUGCCAUUGUAAUUGAAAUAAACGUGCAUCAGAUGGUACGGUG